UCUUUUUGGCAGGGGGAGGGGGGUAGAACAAGCGCCAGCAGUGAGGGUGGGCAGCUCCGACAGUGGUAGGAACUGGCAUGGACUCAGAAAUCAGGGCAACCUUUCUUGGUACACAGGCGGGGAGACUGAGGCCCAGAGAAGGGGCGCGUCUUGCCCGAAGCGCACAGCAGGGCAGACGCAGAGCUGGCCUCUCCCCAGUGUGAUGCGGCUGCUGGCGCUGGAGGCGUGACAUCUUGGACGAGACUCUUCCCGGCUCCUUUCGCCGGCUUUUGUUGAAAGCCAUGACAGGUAUUAAUUCUCUCUGAUGGCCUCCGUGGCGUGAGCACCGAGCAUUGUCAUCAAGAGGCAGAUCUUUGUAUGCUUCGACCUCCACUGGCACGCACCCGCUUUGUGACUGCAGGUGGCGGGCAGGAUGGCCGGUCCUGAGAGAAGCUGGCGGUGACUCACAUGCCCACGGUGGCAGCUCCGUCUCCUGAAGAUGGAGUGGCCCAGGUGAAGCACAGGCUAGGCCCGAUGGCCAGCUCCAGGACGGAGGUGCGCUGGGCCGAGCUGGGCCCGGGGAGGGGACCCCAGCGGCGGCGCUGGGCCUGGCCUGAAGAGGAAAAGGAUGCCGAGCCGAGUGGCGGAAAAGAGGGGGCCUUUCCCAGUGCCACCAGCCCCGAGCUCCUGGAGGACUUCAGGCUGGCCCAGCAGCACCUUCAACCGCUGGAGUGGGACCCGGACCCGCAGGCUGAUGAACGCCAGCAUUCCGAAUCGGGAGAGUCUGUGGGAGAGGAGUUUGAAGCGGAGGAUGUGGACAGCCCAGAAAGUUCCAACUUGCCCCUCAACUGGCUCCCCCAUCAGGAUCCUCACCUGGCCAUGACUGAAGAGGAGCCGGAUGAAGCCCUCGGAGGUCCUGAGGUGGAGGAAGCUGGAGAGAGUGCCCCAAGAUUGGAGUAUGAGACUGGUCUCAGCUCAGGGGGCAAUGGAAACACCAACCCCAUGGCUCUGGGGUGGGGUCAGGACACAGGCUGGGUGUCCUCUGGCAAACAAGCCAAUGGAGACAAGCUUCCAGAACAUUCUGAGGACAACCCAACUGUUGACCUCAGCUCUGUAAGAUCCUGGAGCAGUGGGACCAUGAGCCUCGACCACCCCAAUGACAGCCUUGAUUCUACCUGGGAAGGAGAAACGGAUGUCCCCCAGCCCGUUGCCCUGGCAGAACCCUUACCACAGAGCUCCAGUCACCACCUCCUAACCCAAAACACCAGAACUGGAGGAAGCGUUGCUCUGGCAACCCCCACGGAAUUCCAGGACUCCUCAGUACCCCAGGCCCAGAGCCUCCAGUGUCCGGCAGAUAAGAGGAAAGAAAGUACCAGCCUUUCCUGCCCUCAGUUGGGGGACCAAGCCUGGAAACGGACGCGGACAUCACCUAAACCACUCCCUUCUCGAUUCACCGGCUCCAUCAGCCCCCCGAAUCCACCUAGGCGAGGCCGCCAAGACAGGCUGCCACCCAAGCAGGGAGCCACUCUGGCUGGCCACUCAUCUUCUGAUGCCUCCAAGUACGGGCGGGGGCAGCUGAACUACCCACUCCCUGAUUUCUCCAAGGUGGGACCCCGGGUGAGGUUCCCCAAAGAUGAGAGCUACCACCCCCCCAAGGCCAGGAGCCACAGCAGGCAGCCUCGGGGCCCUGCCAGGCCGCUGGUCUUCAAGUCGCCUGCCGAGAUAGUACGGGAGGUGCUGUUGAGCAGCGGGGAAACCUGCCCGGCCCAGGACCCGGCUCCUACACACCCCAUCACCAGGGUACCCCAAGAAUUUCAGACGCCUGAACAAGCCACCAAGCUGGUCCAUCAGCUCCAGGAGGACUACCACAAGCUCCUCACCAAGUAUGCGGAGGCCGAGAACACCAUUGACCAGCUGCGCCUUGGGGCCAAGGUGAACCUGUACUCGGACCCGCCCCAGCCCAGCCACAGCAUCCACACAGGGAUGGUGCCCCAGGGGACCAAGGUCUUGUCCUUCACCAUCCCACAGCCCCACUCUGUGGUGCGGUGGUCAGGCUCUGCUGAAACCCCACAGACCUCUGGGGCCUCAGGGUGGCCAUCAGCUCAAGGAGACCUGAGCCCCUCCUUGUCUGCCCCAGCGUGGCUUCUGGAGAACCCAGGCAUCGCCCAGGACCAGCCCUCCGCAGAGCGGACCCAGAAGUUGGCCUCUCAGGCCAGCCGGUUCCUGAACAAGGUGGAGUCCUUUGCAGGACUGAUGCAGGCGGGACAGCUGACGCCCCAGGACCAGCUCAAGGUCUUCCAGCACCUCAAGGCUGCCCACGCAGCCCUGGAGGAGGAGUACCUGAAGGCCUGCAGGGAGCAGCAGCUGGCCCAGCAGCUUGCCAGCUCCCAGGGGACACCUGGAAAAUUCGAUCCUGACAGGGAGCUAGAGGAGGAGAUAUUCCAGCUGGGAAUUCGCCUGGAAGAGCUGAAGGAUCACAUGGACCAGAAUGAGCAGGAGUCCGAGCGAGUUGGGUCAGACUGCACUCCAGACAGCCCCCCAGCCUCGCCAUCCCUGCACCAGCCAGCCUGCCUGCCUUCUCCUUCAGGACAAGCCCCCGCCCUUGCUGGCCAGACCCUCUGCCCUCAGGCUGAUGCUGCCAGCGCAGGCCCCUGCGCGUCACACGUGAGUGUGGAGCUUAGUGCAGCCAGCAGCGAGGGGGACGACAGGCCCCCGGGCCUCCCAGCACCACUCAGGCACAAGGAGCUGCAGGUGGAGCAGGGUUUCCACGGCCUCCUGGAGCGGUACCUCAGCGUCAAAUCCCUUCCAGAAGCCGUGCAGAUGGAGGGGGAGGGGGAGGAGGAAGAAGAUGGUCAAGGCCAUAUAGUGGAAGUUGAUGGCCCGACUCCAGCUCCAGGAAACUCCAAGGCUACCAGGAUCCCCAGAAGGGAGACUGUGGAGCCGGUGGGGUCUGUGAAGCCAGCAGGCUUCCACACAUCCGCGGCCAGAGAGGGGUCCCUCCGGGGCCUGGACAAAGCCGAGGCUGCUCCCCCAGGCCCCAGCAGGCCACCCCACCCUCGGGGCACCAAGACUACGGGAUCACACCGGAGUAGUCUAACCAGCCUAGAGGGAAGUGGCAUCUCUGAACACCUUCCACAGAAGUCUCUGCACCAAGCUGGGGGGCCCCACCCAGAGGAGCCCUGGAUGGCGUCCCCAGAGACAGACAGUGGCUUUGUGGGCUCAGAAACCAGCAGAGUGUCGCCCCUCACCCAAACACCAGAGCACCGGCUCUCCCACAUCAGCACUGCGGGAACAUUGGCCCAGCCUUUCAGUUCGUCUGAACCCCGGGAUGCAGCCUCGCACCCCCAGACCAGGGGUCCUCCAGUCCCCAGAAGAGCCACGGAGCCCAGCACACCCAGGAGCCGAGCCCAGAGGCGACCCUCGGGCCGGGCCAGUCCUCUGUGGCAGAGGGCAGCGAGUUUCCCCGCGGGGCGGACGCUGGUGGCCGAGACGGAGGUCCCUGGCUCAGAGUUCGAGGGGCGAAAGCGGAUUUCCGAACAGCUCCCUCCAAGCGUGACAAUCAGCUCCCCGCCCACUCUGGCCCCUGCAGCCGCCACUCUGCCCCAUGGAGCAGCAGAGAGCGCCCACACCUUCCUCCUCACCAGGACAGGGCGAGACCAGGCCAUCCGAGAGCUGCAAGAGGAGGUCUCCCGUCUCCGUCUGCGGCUGGAAGACAGCCUGCACCAGCCAGCCCAGGGCAGCCCGACGCGCCCAGCCUCCACCCUCAACCGCCCCGCCCGGGCCCGGGCCCGGCCAGCUGAUGCCUCAACUUCCUGGGGCUCCCACUAUGGCAGUAAAUCCACAGAGAGAUUGUCUGGUGAGCCCGCAGGUGGGGAGCGAGUGGAGCCCGCAGGGAGGCGGCGAGCCAGGCCUUCCUCCGUGCCUCGGGAGGGGCCCCAGCUGUCCCUGAGUUCCGAAUCUGAGCCAACCUCCCCCCAGCUGUUCUCUGAGAAGAGCCGGACCACCGAGGACAGUGCCCAGUCAGCACGGGACGGAAAGAGAGGAGCCGGCAGCACCAGGCGGCUAGACAGGGUCACAUUCCGGGGCCAGUACACAGGGAGCACCAGGGAGUGCCGCCUCUGUGACUCCAUUCAUUCAUCCAGCAAACAGUCUCUGAUGCCUGCCGGUGCCAGGGCCCAAGGCUGCUUCUGGGGAAGCCCCAUUAGCUGGCCAGGAGUACCGUGUUCUGACCCCCAAGACGGCCCCAAGAGGCAGUGGCUCAAUCCCAUGUCCCAAUUGCCAACCCGCCAGGACCCAGGACUCAGGGCCAGAAAAGGCUGCCGCCAGGAGAAACACACGCACGGCCUCCAGCCCCACGCAGCGGACCAAGUGCGCGGGGUCGCUGGCCCGGCCGCCCCCUGGACUGUGGUAUCUGGCGGCGGCGCCCCCAGCACAAGCCCCUCCCGCCUUCGCCUACGUCUCCUCGGUUCCCAUCAUGCCUUAUCCGUCAACCACCGUGUAUUACGUGCCUCCAGGACCUACCUCCGCUUGCUCGGCCCAGCCAGCCCCCACCGAAUGGCCCCCCACAGCACCCUCGCGACCGGCCAGGGUGCCCCGGCCUUCCAUCCAGCUGGACCUGGAGGACCUGGAGGAGCUCAACAAGGCCCUGACCCGAGCCGUCCAGGCCGCCGAGAGCAUCCGCUCCACCACCAAGCACAUGAGCCGCUCCCUGUCUGCCGACCUGCGCCAGGCCCGAAGCCUGCGCGGCUCCUGCCUCUUCUGAUGUCACUGGGGCUCCCAACCAGCUGGUGGGGGCAGGUGGGCAGGCAGCCUGCAGCUGUCCCCCGGGCCAGGAGUCGGCUGGAGCCACUCGGAAAGGCCCCAUAGACCCCUCCUGAGAGGUCUCCUUCUAGCCCGGACCCUGCCUGCUCAGCGUCUUCAAAGCACAAGGGGUGUUGGCGGCUCAUCGAGAGAAGGAACUUCCCAGGGGCCCAGCCCCCACAGGAAGUGCUGGGCCCGAGGCACCCUUCUGCCCAGAUGCGGUCUCUGGGGGUCUCCUGGUCCUGCACUGUCCACCUCUGGCUAAUAAUAUGUUUUUCAGAUACAGAUGGACAAAUUUUUUUUUUUAAAUGGAGUUUUCCUGGUCUUAGAUCCAACCUCCGAGGCCCAACAAGCAGGGCUAGGGCCAGGGUCUCCGGGCAAAGGUGUCUCCUCACCGGUGACCAGCCUCUCCAGAGUCGGCCUCCCUGGGAAGGACACGGCUGGGCACUUUCCUCCUAGUGACCGAUGGCCAGUAGGGCACGCGGGGGCCAUGGAAAUGUCAAGCUGUCGAGCCCCCAGCAUGACGUGCGCCCAGCAGUCCGUGGCUGGAGAGGCCUUUCCCAUGGGCCUGCUGGGAAGGGAGACCCCCGGGGAGGGCCCAGGAAGCUGUCCACCAUGGUCCCUCUCUGUACCUCCUCCGACAGCCCCAGCACUGUCCCCGGGACCCUGGGGAAUUUGGCUAGUGGCCAGCUACCUGCCAGGCCCCGCUGCGCAGCGGGAAGCCAGCCCGUGCCCUGUUCCCCUCUUUGUAGCCACGUGUACCUCAGCUUUUCUGGAAUGUGUAUGCAUCGGUGAUAUUUGUAUAUUUGAGGUGUUUAAAAAGCUAUUUUCGUGAAGAAUGAAUAUUGAUCUUUUACAAAAAGAAGAAAAGAAAAAAAACAUUCCCAAAGCUGCCCACAUAA